CCUAUCGGCUGAUUGCUGGGCGUUUCACAAUUUUUUUAUUUUGGCAAACAAAACAAACGGCAACAAAGGACACCAUCAUGCUAGUUCUGGUACUCGGCGACCUGCACAUCCCGCACCGCUGCAGCAGCCUACCGGCCAAGUUCAAGAAGCUGCUGGUGCCGGGCCGUAUCCACCACAUCCUGGCCACCGGCAACAUCUGCACCAAGGAGUCCUACGAUUACCUCAAAUCGCUGGCCAAUGACGUGCACAUUGUGCGCGGCGACUUUGACGAGAAUUUGAGCUACCCGGAACAGAAGGUGGUCACCGUGGGCCAAUUCCGCAUCGGCCUGUGCCAUGGCCACCAGGUGGUGCCGCGAGGCGACCCAGAGGCACUGGCCCUCAUCCAGAGGCAACUGGACGUUGACAUCCUAAUCACGGGGCACACGUACAAGUUCGAGGCGUACGAGCAUGGCAACAAGUUCUACAUCAACCCGGGCUCGGCAACCGGAGCCUUCAAUCCGCUGGAUAGCAAUGUGGUGCCCUCUUUCGUCCUAAUGGACAUCCAGAGCACCACUGUGGUCACGUACGUGUACCAGCUGAUCGGCGACGAGGUGAAGGUGGAGCGGAUCGAGUACAAGAAGAUCUAGGGUGCCCAGUAUUAGCCACCAGCCAUUCCUAACCCCGACACUCUCAUUCUGAGCCUGGCUUUAUUAAAGAAAUUGUAAAU